GUACUCCUCAGCUCCUCACCACGCAUGCUGCGAUUUUCUGGUCAAGGCGAGGUGUAUAGCGGUGUGUAGCAAUAUGAAAAUGCGUGUUAGGUAGAGAAAGAAGUGAAGUUACGACAGAACUCGGGGUGCGGAAGUGAGUAAAGCAGAUACUCGCAAGAACCCCCAAUUUGGAAACGAUUUGUAUAGUGACGUUAGUGUUUCAUGGUCUCUCGACUACUUUUAGUUUAAAACCCUAACCUCACCAAUCUGCCCACUCCUUCGCCUCAGUAUUAUAAAAUAUUCGCUCCUGUAGACUUAUUUUCAGGUUUACCGGCGAAUUAUGUGAACAGUUAACCAUCAUUAUCGAGUGUUUAUUCCAAGCAAUGGCUGUAUGUUGGAAUCGUUUACAAAAUUUACAGAAAAGUGUUGAUCGUUUUCUGAAAUUUGGACCCAGUGCUUUAUUUUUGGUGCAGGUAGAGUGUUCGUAUCAAAGUUUUGUUCGUACAGCCUUUAUGAAAGUACGUGGUUGUAAAUGUUUGUCUACAAGACGGACGUUUGUAUCUACUCACCUUUGUGUUCAGAAGCAGGAUUCGAUGCACCAUGAUAGAAAAUUAGAAGCUGUGCAAGAAGCAGAAACAGAAGAGUUGAAAAGAAAAUUUGAAGCCGUUAACAGUAAGAUAAUAUUUAACACAGUUUUAGAAUUUUCGAAAUUAAAUGGGAACUGGAAAAGGAAAAAAAUUUUAAAGGAUAAGCAAGAAAAAUUAAGAGUUUCGAAAAUAAAUGAGAAAGAUGCUAUGAAGGAUAUUCCAGUUGCUCUGAAGUACUUAAGAGAUACACCAGAAAUUCAUAAAACUAAUAGUGAUGAAGUAGAAACUUUGCCGGAAAAUGAAACUGUAUGCCUUCCUUACAGCAUUGAAACAGAAUUGGAUACUACUCUUAGCAGCAGAGUUAAAGAUAAUGAAAACAAACGCGUUGAUCUUCCAUAUCAAGGAAUGUUGAAGUUUUCUGAAUUGAGUAACUCAAGUUGGACCCGGUUACCUACAAGAAGGUCAGACAUCAGUGUUUCUAAUUGGAUGUCAGAUUAUGAAUGUUAUGAUGAAAGUGAAGAUGUGUUUGAAAAUCCCAGAUCAUGGGAGCUGAAUUAUGGAACACCAGAUAUGAAUGUUCCCCUUAGUGAUGUGCCUUGUGGAGGUUGUGGGGCUAUGCUUCAUUGUCAGGACACGGCUAUUCCAGGCUACCUUCCCAGUGAGCUGUUUAAGCAACUAGAUGAGGUCUCACUGCGUGCAGUUGUCUGUCAGCGCUGUCACUUCCUGCGUUUUUAUGACACUGCUUUGAAUGUGAUUGUUUCUCCAGAUGACUAUCCAAAACUAAUGGCCCAUUUGAAGGAUACAGUAGCCUUAAUAGUUCUUAUGGUUGAUCUGUUGGAUUUUCCCUGCAGUAUCUGGCCAGAAAUUAUGCACAUUGUUGGUCGUAAGCAACCGAUUGUAGUGGUUGGUAACAAAGUGGAUUUGCUGCCACCAGACAGCCGUGGGUAUCUUCAUCAUAUGCAGAAAUGCCUGGCUGAAAGUGUUGCUCACAGUGGCAUACCACCUUCAAAUAUCAAGCAUGUUGCUUUGAUCAGUGCCAAGACAGGGUAUGGAGUAGAAGAAUUGAUCACCAAACUGCAUAAUUUGUGGGCAUACAGAGGAGAUGUAUACCUACUUGGAUGCACCAAUGUUGGGAAAUCGACCCUGUUCAAUGCCCUUCUGCGGUCUGACUACUGCAAAGUUAAGGCAGUGGAUCUAAUACAAAGAGCCACAACUUCGCCCUGGCCAGGCACAACAAUAAACCUCCUCAAAUUUCCUAUUCUGCGACCAUCUGGCUGGCGUUUAGCUGAGCGGACUAAACGUAUACUAUCGCAAAGGCAGCAACUUGAGGCAGAACGCAGGCUGCAUUACAGCCAGUUCAAAGAGGAUACGUCACGAAAUCUACCAGCUCUCAUUGGACACAUUGGAAUGACCUUCUGCCAAAAGCAGCCUGUCUCAAAUUUAGAUCCUUUUUCCAUGGAAACUUCCCCAGAAGGUCCCAGGCCCUUAUCUGGCUUGGAUCCUUCAGAUGAAAUGUAUGCAAAAAGUAAAUGGUGCUAUGACACACCAGGAGUUGUACAUCCGGACCAGGUAAUCCAUUUACUGACAGCAGAAGAAUUGAUGAUGACAUUACCCAAGAAAUUGAUUUCCCCAAGGACGUACAGGCUGCAGCCAAAUAUGUCACUGUUCAUUGCUGGCCUUGGACGACUGGACUAUGUUGAAGGGAAUGACCCCAUCAGAAUGACAGUGUUUGCAUCUGGCAGGCUCCCCAUUACCAUCUGUAAUGUGGAUGAUGCAGAAUAUCUGUACAAGACAUUGCUGGGAACCAGGUUUCUUGGUGUGCCAUGUGGCGGGCCUACCCGCCUAUCACAAUGGCCCAUGCUGAGGGCUCAUCCUGAGACCAUUGAACUACAUGGCAUUGGGUGGAAGAAGAGCUGUGGGGAUAUACUACUCUCCUCUUCAGGUUGGGUUGCUGUAACAUUUGGUGAGGGCAAAACAUGCAGAUUUCAAGCAUGGACUCCAGGUGGCAGAGGAGUGUACUUUAGAAGUCCUGCAUUGUUGCCCUUUGCUGUAACUACGUGUGGACCAAAAGUCCGGCACAGUCCAGCAUACAGGAAAGGAAAGGGAAUGUUUUGGAAACAUGCAUGAAGAUUUGUUUCUAACUGGUAUGGAAUCCAAAUUUUCAUGUACUGAGAGAGCACUUCACAUUACGUGAGACCUACCUACUGGUAAUAUACUUUUUAGAGGACUUAUCCUAAGUAAUACUGUACUCACAAACUAGUAUAGAGAUCUUGAAGAGCUGUGUUCCAUAUUUGGCAAGAAAAUUAAAUUUGAAGGAAACCUCACAUA